AUAUAACUUGUUUGCAUGUGGCCAGAGAACAUUGAGGGCUGGAAAGUUGACUGAGAGAGUUCUUAAUAUUUUCAUUGCAACUGGCAAGGAUGAGGUACUUUCACUCAUUCAGGAACUCAAUAUUCAGCACAUUCUAACCCCAGUCCUUCCCACUAGAUGUUCUGAGAAAUUUUAGAUUGGUGCAAGUAGCAUUUUAAGUUAAACAGUGUGAUCUCCAAGCAUAUCAGCUUUUAGCUAGCCAAACAUAUUCUGCUGUCUGGAUUGUUGUUUCUUUUUUGGGUUGACAAGAUGUCUCUGGAGAACAUCAGGGAUGAUGAGGUAGACAUUGUGAUAGGAGCACUCCAUUCUGACCUGACAACGUUCAUGAAUGAAUGGAAACCUAUGUUUUGCCGAUUUCAUCUCAUUAUUGUCAAAGACCCUGAUCUGAAGGAGGAGCUCAGAAUACCAGACGGCUUUAACCUCAAUGUCUAUACAAAGUCAGACAUAGAUCAAGUUGUGGGUUCUUCCACUUCCAUUCUCUUUUCUGGUUACUCAUGUAGGUAUUUUGGCUAUCUUGUAUCCCAAAAGAGGUACAUCAUCUCUAUGGAUGAUGACUGCAUCCCAGCUCGAGACAAUAAGGGCUUUUUGGUGGAUGCUAUUGCCCAGCACAUAUCCAACCUUUCAACACCAGCCACACCAUUCUUCUUUAACACGCUGUAUGAUCCUUUCCGUGAAGGAGCAGACUUUGUUCGUGGGUACCCAUUUAGCUUACGGAGUGGGGUCCAAUGUGCCUUAUCAUGUGGGCUCUGGCUCAAUCUGGCAGAUUAUGAUGCACCUACACAAGCCCUUAAACCGGAGCAGCGGAACUCUCUAUAUGUUGAUGCAGUUAUGACUGUUCCAGCUGCAGCCAUGUUACCAAUUAGUGGAAUCAAUGUUGCUUUCAAUCGUGAGGUUUUAGGACCUGCCUUGAUUCCAGCUUUGAGGUUGGCAGGAGAAGGAAAGCUGAGGUGGGAGACUAUGGAAGAUAUAUGGUGUGGGAUGUGUGUUAAGUUUGUGUGUGAUCAUCUGGGACUUGGUGUGAAAACUGGACUGCCAUAUGUGUGGAGAAAUGACAGAGGUAAUGCCAUAGAGAGCCUAAAAAAGGAGUGGGAAGGGGUAAAGCUGAUGGAGGAAGUUGUCCCUUUCUUUCAGUCAGUGAGGUUGCCUGCCUCAGCUGCCACAGCAGAGGACUGUAUUGUUGAAUUGGCAAAAGUUGUUAAAGAGCGGUUGGGAGCAGUCGAUCCUGUAUUCACUCGUGCUGCUGGAGCUAUGCUUGACUGGGUUAGGCUCUGGAAAUCGGUUGGAUCUGGUGCAUCCUCCCUUCGAGCCUGACCUAAAUUUUUUUUUUUUCCAUUGUUUAAUAUUUUCUACAUCUUCCUUUUGGUUUGGUCACUUGUUAUCUGCCUCCUUAUGAAUGCAGACUUUAGAACGGCCAUGAAUAAAUAUGAACUCAUUGUACUUAAGGAGGUG